AUUCCUUUGUGUGUUCGGACUCCCUGGAGUAAAGCUGGCCCAUGAGAGCAUUCAUGCCUUGCAGAGUGCUUUUCAGAUCUUCAACUCGUGCUCCAAGAUCAUUGCAAAAACAGGGACAGCGUCUGUGUCUGUUACCAGUGGGAUGGCGUUCUGUGGCCUCAUUGGCCACCCUCUGAGGCACGAGUACACAGUCAUUGGCCAGAAGGUGAACUUGGCAGCCCGGAUGAUGAUGAGCUACUCUGGGCUGGUGACCUGUGAUAGCACAACCUGUGCCAGCUCUGGGCUGCCCUCUUGCUACUUCAAGGAGCUGCCGGAGAGAAAGAUGAAAGGCUUCAAACAUCCUGUCACUGUCUAUCAAUAUGUGGGGAUCACCACCAACAG